AUGGCCAGGGUAUCACGCAUUCUGGACCCUCAGAAAUCAGGAGGGCAGAAGCUUCGUUCGACUUUCGACAAGCUCACCCCUGAAGACUUUGCCUCUGUUGCCGGCAACAAGGACGGCCUUGCCGACAAGGUCGCCGAGAAGUACGGCAUCUCCAAGGAGGAGGCCACCAAGCAAGUCAACGAAGCCUUCAGCAAGUAA